GACGACGACGUCGUCGUCGGCGGUUUCUUGCGCCUGCUUCAGCCGGGAGAGAAGACGACUUUGGAUGAAGCUGUUGUGUCUAGCGAGAACUGGUGUAGUUUGUCUUCGCUGAAGUUUUCCUCCUUCACAACACUCUUUGGUGCUCAUACUUCACUUUUUCGUGAGUCUAACAACAUGGCACCUACACUGAGCAAGCAGCUGUUGCAGAAUCUUUCGGGUUUGGAGAAACCAGCCGCAGUGGCAGCGAUUGCGACAGGCAUCUACAUUUACUCCUACUCGAGGUUUUUGCGGAAGCAAAAAGCAUCCCAAGACCGCGACGUCGUCGAGGUGGUGUUUGACAAGAAGGAAACCAAAAAGCAGAAAGCCUACGUAGAUGGACGUUUCCUCAAGCAGCUCGGUGAGCUAUUCCGAAUUGUGUGUCCUGGAAUACUGUCCGCCGAGUUCGGGUACAUGGCGAUGGUCGCCCUGACGUUGGUUGGACGGACAUCGUGUGACAUUUGGAUGAUAAACAACGGAACUGUGAUCGAGAGAGCAAUCAUCUCCAGGAACUUCACUUUGUUUAGACAAAAGUUAUUCGAGUUUAUCCUCGCGAUGCCGACGCUAUCCCUCAUAAACAACCUCAUGAAAUACGGACUCAACGAAAUCAACCUUCGUUUCCGAACUCGUCUUUCGCAUCAUCUCUAUAAACAAUAUCUCGGUGGAACGACUUACUACAAAAUGUGCAAUCUCGAUAACCGCAUUUCGAAUCCGGAUCACUUGCUCACAAAGGACGUCGAGAAGUUCUGCUCGUCUUUGACAGACCUCUACUCGAACCUCAGCAAACCGGUGCUAGACAUCGCUCUCUAUGUGCGCUGGCUAUCGGUCUCCAUCGGGGCCGAAGCUCCAGGAUUCAUGCUGCUCUACCUGUUGUUCGCUGGGUUCCUGCUGACGAAUAUGCGACGUCCCGUGGGCAAGCUCACAAUGGACGAGCAGAAACUCGAAGGAGAACUGCAUUACGUCCAUUCGAGGCUUAUCACGAAUUCCGAGGAAAUCGCUUUCUAUAGCGGGAACAAAAAAGAGAAGAAAACCAUCGAUUCCACGUUCCAUCGGCUGACGAAUCAUCUCCGUACGUUCCUCGAGUACCGUUUCACACUCGGAAUGGUUGACGACAUCGUCGCAAAAUACCUGGCCACGGUCGUGGGCUAUCUCCUGAUAUCUCGACCGUUCCUAGGGAACAAGCACAUCAAACUGAACCACAAUAUGCGAUUGGAGGAAUAUUAUAAGAGCGGUCGCAUGCUUGUCAAGCUCGCUGAAGCCAUCGGACGGGUAGUUUUGGCUGGACGCGAAAUGACACGACUCGCUGGGUACACGGCUCGCGUAUCCGAACUGAACAAAGUUCUCAAGGAUGUCACCAGAGGACAAUACGUCCGCGGAAUGGUCAGGGACGAGCGAGAGCAGUCUGCGAAGAGACUCGAGCUCAUUCCCGGCAAGGGGCGGAUCAUCACCCAAGACAACAUAAUCAGAUUUACGAUGGUUCCGCUCGUGACCCCGAACGGGGAUCUACUUAUCGAGAACUUGUCGUUCGAAGUCAAGGCGGGAAGGAAUGUCUUGGUCUGCGGUCCGAACGGAUGCGGCAAGAGCUCCUUAUUCCGGAUUUUAGGGGAAUUGUGGCCGAUAUUCGGUGGUGCCGUUGUGAAACCAUCCAAGGAUAAGUUAUUCUAUGUGCCCCAAAAACCAUACAUGACCCUGGGAACGUUGCGAGACCAAGUGAUUUAUCCCGACAGCAAAGAGGAUAUGGAAAAGAAAGGUUUUACCGACGACAUGUUAGGGAAACUCUUGGAUGAGGUGCAAUUGAGAUACUUGCUGGAACGCGAGGGAGGCUGGGAUUCGGUACAGGAUUGGCUGGAUAUUUUGUCUGGCGGCGAAAAGCAGCGGAUCGCGAUGGCUAGACUCUUCUAUAAGAAACCCCAAUUCGCCAUCUUGGACGAAUGUACCAGCGCCGUUUCGGUCGAUGUCGAAGGUGCGAUGUACAGCUACUGCAGAGCAGUUGGAAUCACGCUGUUCACGGUUUCGCACCGUAAGUCUCUUUGGAAGUACCAUGACUAUUGCCUGAAGAUGGAUGGCCGUGGAGGAUACCAGUUCGACGAAAUCACCCCCAACACUGCGGAGUUCGGAUCUUGAGCGCACCUUUCAGAGCAUUCUCCAAUUUUAUGACUGGGUACUUAAGGACGGCCUGGAGGUGACGGGAGUGGGGCUCAAGGCAUCGUCUUUCAUGAUCGGCGACCGACGAUCACAAAAGUGAACAAACAUGUAUCUCAUACCCUGUAUUAAUAUAAAACCGAGCCGUUUCUC